AUGUAUCCCGAAGUGGGAUCGAGUUACAAGUCUGGUGGCUACAGCGACAACGGCGCCGACGGAUAUUAUUCUGCGAGAAGGAGUUACGAAGACAAUUCCAACGAUUAUUAUCGUGGAAAUUAUCGAAUUCGCGAGGGGGAUGGUGCGCGAGACAGGGGGCAUCAUCACCACAACGAGAGACCUCCUACGAACAGGGACUUGACUCGAAACCCUCAAGACAAAAGCAAUAACAACAACAACAAUCGAACAAGAGACGACAGAGAAAAAACCAGGAGAAACAGCAGCACCGGAAACAACAGCAACAGCAACGCCGGUCGGCUUUGGGAACGCGUCCUGCCGCCCGACUUCCGCCCCUCGCAAGCCGAUCCGGACGAGCGCCGGCGGAGGCGAUUGAAAGAAAAAGAGUGCGAGGGCUUUGACUGGACGCCGGGGAUUGUGCUGGGGCUAUUGGGCGCGGCGGCGCUGUUUAAUCAUGAGAGGUCGCUUGUGAGGAGGCGGAAGAAGGAGUAUAUCGAGCGGUGAUUUGAUGGUGAUGGUGAUGAUGAUGAUGAUAAUGCUGAGGGUGAUGAUGAUCAAAGGCUGUGAAGAUGGUUAUGACUCUGGAAUGAGCAUUUGUUCUUGAUACGAAUGAUGAUGUUUAUGAGAUAUGAUGUGCUAUACAAAUGACAUGAAUCUACAUUGUAUUUCUAACCACG